UCGGGACUUUAAAGUCCCAUAACAAAAAAAGUCUUUAUAUUUAAUUACGAGAAGAAAAUAUAUCUUCAACGCCCAGUGGGACUUGUAGGUCCCAGUUUAGUGAGUAUUUUAGUACCACUUCUUUCCAUAGGUGGCAUCACUGUGCUUCCCAGCAUUCCUAGAUUUGUUGUUGUGCUUGUCUGUUGGACACAUCUGUUUUUGGCGAUUUUCAUCUUCAAACUACAACUCUAUUACACAUGUGGAGAUGAGCCGUAAUCUAACUGAGGAAGAAAUACAGAAAUGUCUAUAUUCCUAGAAUAUGAGGAUAUACCAGAUGAUCCAGAUGGAAUUACAGAUGUUGAAAGCAAUGAUGAUGAGCCUAAUUUUGACAAUAAUUUUGAUGACAUAUUUCAAAGAGGAAUUUUCCUGUCAGUACUACCUAAAGAGACAAAAAAAACAACAACAAAACCUGAUGAAUCACAGAAUAUGGUUGAUGUCCCUUCAACAUCAAAACCUGAUGAAUCACAGAAUAUGGUUGAUGUCCCUUCAACAUCAAAACCUGAUGAAUCACAGAAUAUGGUUGUUGUCCCUUCAAACAUCAAAACCUGAUGAAUCACAGAAUAUGGUUGAUGUCCCUUCAACAUCAGUGACAACUAAUCAACCCACACCUUGUGAUAACAGUGAAUGUUCAACAUCGACGAAUGAUCAUGUGCAUGUUGUCAGCCAACAUCCUGCAAUAACCAUAACUGAUCCUAAAAAUACAAAAACUAUAA